AGUCAGUAACGCAGAAAGCGCCAGAACGCUGGUGAUUUUCUUCUUCAUGUCUCUGAUGCUCAGAUCUGAAGCCACUGACGUUCCCACCUCUGCAACCUGGAAGCUCCGUUCAGGAGGCGACCUGGAGAUGAUCUUCAUGCACAUGGAAACGUUUCAGGUCAUCAAACUGUUUAAAUGGACUUUAAUAAAAAAAUGAUACAAUGAAGAUAAAAUGCAGUGUUUAAAUUAAAUGAAGCUUUUUGUUAUUAAGGAGGAAACCAGUUCAAACACACGACUGUGGAACAGAGAUUGUCUAAUAAUUUGGUUAUUGGUCCUGGUUCUAACUGGGCCGUCUCACUGGUUCUAACUGGGCCGUCUCACUGGUUCUAACUGGGCCGUCUCACUGGUUCUAACUGGGCCGUCUCACUGGUUCUAACUGGGUCCAGGCUGGUUGAUCAGCAGCAACUGCAGCUGCGUGUUUGCAGACUUGCUCUGAGUGUCUGACUGCACCAUGCUGGGAUUCUGACCCACUUUGCUCUGCAGAACUGUUCUUAUUCAGCCACAUUUGGGGUUUUCCUGUUUGAACCGCAUGUAGACUCAAUACAUGCCAGACUUUGACUAGACCACAAGUCUGAACAAGUCGUCUUCCUGUUUUUCUGUCAGUCGGAGCUGGACUUGCUGGUGUGUUUUAAAUUUGUUCUGAUUUAAUACAACAAAACAUGAAUUAUCAGGUUGAUUUCAAUUAAUCAAUGAAAGUUUCUUUUCUUAGACAUAGUUUGUAUAGAAAAAAAAAACAAAUAAUGUGUUUUUUAUACUUUUGUCACAAUAGACAUGAUAAUAGAUCAACAUUUAAGAAAUGUUUUACAUGUGACAUUUGCUGCUUGCAGAAUUGGACCAGCAAACAUUUCAAUACUGUUUGCAGAUUAAAAACUUCAAGAUCUUCAAGGUCAUGCAGCAGAUGGUUCUGUCAGUACGAGACGUUACAGCUGAGAUAAACCACAAUGUUGCUGUUUUGAGACCAUUUUCAAGGAAUAUAAUAGAAACAAUCGCAUAAUAAUGCAAGAACACGUUCUCAAAGAUCAAUAAACUUUAAAUUCUAAUCGACAUUUACCACUGGAACUGGAAGACAUUUUAAAUAUCCUCAAUAAACAAACAAAACAACAGAAACAACAAAUAAAAUGAAUCCUGAAACCUGUGAACGAAACACAGAGUCAACUUCAGAAAAAAGAAACUAGUUGAGACCAAAACAGCACAAAGACUUUUAUCAUCCAGACUGUGGUAGAAAGAGAAAAACGAUAAAUCAUGCAAAUGGAAAUUAUUGAUCUAAUUUUAAUUCAUCACGUGAUUAAUUGAUUUAUUGUUUAUUGUGGCAGGUCUAGCAAAUGUAGAUUAUAUGGACAUAACCAUAUAUUCUGCUAUUUUUCUGUUUUUCACACACCUCCUCUCAUCCUCAUCAUUUCUUUGAAGACUAAGCCAUUAAUUUUAUCUUAGAGAAAGAGGAACUCAUGAAAGGGGAACUGGAGAGACGCUCCGCAACAAAGUCUGACUGCGGUUUUUUCAGCUCGUGAGUCCAGACGCUUCAUCAGCAGAACUCAAUCAACGGUUUAUUAGCCAGUCAGUUUCAGCAAAUAGAUAAUAAACACUAACUAGAAAAUUCCUGAAGAAAUUUAACCGGGGUCUGCCAAAGUGUGCCAGUCGGUUUGGACCCAGGGUUCUGAUGCUAGAAAUUAGCAUCAAUGCUAAAGAAAGCUGCAAUGUAAUCAAUAGCAUGAGAAGAUUGACAAGAAUGUUUACCAACAUGGACUUGCACCAUGGUGCAAGUCCAUGUUGCAAUGCAUGUGCUUAUGCAUUGCUAUGGCCCCAAUGAAUGAAAACCAAACGUUAGACGGUUGAAAAUGAAAUAUCUCGGUACAAACAGAUCUGUGUUAUGAAGUAACGGCUGUGAGUUGGAAGUAAAACGCUGCAGUUUAACACAAAGUCCAAACUUCUGACCAAAUUCUUUAACAUGUAUUUCUUUGAAUCUUGAUAAAAUGUAAUCCUCUCAUGAGAAAACGUGUGUGUGCAAAACUCAGAGGAAAAUAAUUAGCUUAGCACUGCAGUUCAGUUUGAGAAGGCCUGUGGACCGUCUGGUUCUGGAGUCGCCUUGCAGACGCAGCACUGUGUUUCCUCACAGAGGAUCCAGUUUAUUUGUGUCGCACAUUUCAACAACAAGGGAGUUCAACGUGAUUUAUGUCCUAAAAACACAAAAAUACAAGAGACACCACACAGUCAACAAUUGAGAAAUCUGGCAAACACGACAUUUUAUGGAGUGUCAACGUGAAACAUGUUGGUGAAUGUUUCAUUCAGCUCCUUCAGACUAGCCGGCAGCGAUCCUGCAGCUGUUGCUCUUUCAGCAGCUGCCUUUUUUAGAGAAUCAAUACUCCAGUUUUGUUGCAAUAAAUCAGAUUAAAUGUAAAUAUAAUCAAUUUCAGCAGUGUCGUAAACACAGUGCAGUCAUAUUUGUUUCAACACCCCAGUUCUGCAGGCUAAAUAAAUAAAUCCUGGGAAUGUUCUGCGUGUUUCCGGCUCGUCUCGUUCUGCUUCCCGUAAGGAGAAGAGGUGCCGGUCCGGCAGCCUGUUGUCGCUUUUCUAUUUUCUGCCCUCUGUGUUUCUGCAGCUGCUGCUUGUCACUCACGGAGUUUCCUGCGUGAAGGUCGGCGGGCAGAGCGGGUUCUGGUCCAGUCAGGCGGUCCGCCAUGGAGCUGCAGCGAGCUGCGCUGGUCGCCCUGCUGCUGCUGACGCUCUUCUCCUCAGGUCCGGUGGUUCCGGUCGGUUCUGCUGGUAUUAAUCCCUGCUGUCUCAGCUUUGGCCUCCAGCCGCUGAAACCGGACCCGUCUCCCUCCUGCUGUGACGGACCGACGCUCCAAACGGUUCCUUUAUGUUUUAACCAAAAGUCCAGCAGACAGAAACACACUGCAGAGUGUUUGUGCCGCAACGAGGAGGAGCGUCUGAUCAACCACCUGUUCGUGGAGAAAGGAUACAACAAGGAGCUGCGACCCGUGAAGAAGCAGCAGGAGGUGGUGGACGUUUACCUGGCGCUGACGCUCUCCAACCUCAUCUCUCUGAAAGAAGUAGACGAGACGCUGCUGACCAACGUGUGGAUCGAUCACACAUGGACCGACUACCGGCUGUCGUGGAACGCCAGCGAGUUCGACGGCAUCGAGAUGCUGCGCCUGCCGCCCAGCAUGGUGUGGCUGCCGGAGAUCGUCCUGGAAAACAAUAACGACGCCCAGUUCCAGGUUGCCUACUACAGCAACGUCCUGGUGGAUCCGUCUGGUCUCUGCUACUGGCUGCCUCCCGCCAUCUUCCGCUCCUCCUGCUCCAUCAACGUCAACUACUUCCCCUUCGACUGGCAGAACUGCACGCUCAAGUUCACCUCCCUGACCUACAACGCCAAAGAGAUCAAGAUGCUGCUGAAGAAAGACGGGAACGAAACUCACACGCACACCGUGGAGUGGAUCAUCAUCGACCCGGCCAGCUUCACAGAAAACGGCGAGUGGGAGAUCAUCCACCGGCCGGCCAAGAGAAACGGCUACAAGCACAUUCCCAUGGAGAGCAACAAGCACCAGGACAUCACCUUCUACCUGGUCAUCAAACGCAAGCCGCUCUUCUACAUCGUCAACAUCAUCAUCCCCUGUGUGCUCAUCUCCUUCCUGGCCUCGCUGGUCUACUACCUGCCUGCUGACAGUGGGGAGAAGAUGACGCUGUCCAUCUCCGUCCUGCUGGCUCAGUCUGUCUUCUUGCUGCUGAUUUCCCAGCGGCUGCCGGAGACGUCCAUGUCCGUCCCCCUCAUAGUCAAAUAUUUGAUGUUCAUCAUGGUUCUCGUUACCAUCGUCGUGUUGAACUGUGUCGUCGUUCUCAACCUGCACUUCAGGACGCCCAGCACACACGUCAUGUCUGAAUGGACCAAGAAGUUUUUCCUGGAGCGGUUGCCCCGGAUCCUCCACAUGGCCCAGCCAGCGGACGACGAGCCGGCGUGGGACGGAGCGUUGCCACGGCGAUCCAGCUCGGUGGGAUACAUCGCUGCAGCCGAGGAAUAUUACAGCAUCAAGUCCCGCAGUGAGCUGAUGUUUGAGAGGCAGUCAGAGAGACACGGACUGUCCAAACGGCCCACGCCGGCCUCAGUGUUGAAGCCGGUGGAAAGCGACGGAGCGAUGGAUCAGCUGUACGGGGAGAUGAAGCCGGCGGUGGACGGAGCGAACUACAUCGUCCAACACAUGAGAGACAAGAACGACUACAACGAGGAGAAGGACAACUGGAGCGGCAUCGCCCGAACGGUGGACCGGCUCUGCCUCUUCCUCAUCACCCCGGUGAUGACCUUCGGCACCGUCAUCAUCUUCCUCAUGGGGAUCUGUAACCACCCCCCCCGCCUGCCCUUCCAGGGAGACCCGCACGACUACAGCGAGGACAACCUGCGCCUGCUGGAGUAGAACCGGAACCGGCAGCCCGGUUCCGGUUCUACUCAUUUAUCCACUUCAUGUUUGAAUCGUCUGAGUUUUCUGAGGUUGAAGUGAAUAUUUUGGUUCUGGUUUUCUUUACUUUGUGUCUCCAAAACAUCAGUUUGAUUUAAAUUACCUAGAAGUAUUGCACAGCGAGACAAGUUUUAUUUUUUAAUGAAUGCCAUCAUUUACUUUUGCAUUCACCAAACAUAACAAUAUAAAUGUCAUUUUAUUAUUUAUUUAAAAAAAUACUUUAGAAAAUUGAGAAUUAUUUUUUUGGCUGCCAAAAAAUGGCUUCUGAUAAAAUUGUAAGAUUUUUUCUGAAUUUUCAUUUUGCUAGCUUUAAUAAAUGAACUUUAUUUUAUGUUUUCAAUAAAAAACAAAAACUUCAAAAGUCUUGAAGUGUCAAAAAAUGGCAACUGAUCAAAAAACGUGAUGCUGAUUUUCUCUGUUUGCUUUAAAAAUGACAUGAAAAAUUAAAUGAAAAACAAAAAUGUAAUUAUCACCAAAAAUACUUAAUAUGACUUCAGAUGUUCUUCAGUUUCUUUCCACACAGAUUCAUAAAUGUGACGGUUCAGGGAAUCAGAUGGUUAUUAAUAAUAAUCAUUCACAAUAAAACCACAGGGGAAUAAAAUUACUGCAUGUUUGUUGCUUUAAGUGUCUAAUAUUCUAAUUUAUCCUUUAUUUUGUAAAGAGCAAUAAAACCAAAUAAAAACAUGAAGCCAUUGUUUAUUUUCUUGUUUUUAAUUUUCUAAACUGAUUUUUAUUCAAUUGGUUUGAUUGGUUAUUAAUAAUAAUCAGAAUACUUCCACAGAAAAAUAAAACUACUGGAUAUUUUUGCUUUUAAAUGCAUAAUAAAGUUAAUUGGAGCCUGUAAUAUAAUUUUGUAGAUCAAUAAAAACAGAUUGAAACAUU